AGGACGUGCCCGCUCACACACCCGUCGAGCAACAAGCCCAAACACACGAUACUCGCCCUACACACACCACACACAGCUCUAGUUUAAUCACACAUCAACAACACCAUAUCGCACCGCAAAUGAACAAGCAGACCUACUAUUGCGACAUGUGUAGUCAGCAAUUUACGACAAAACUUACUUUAAUCCGACAUAUCAGAACACAUACACACCCGGAACAUACCUGCGGAGUUUGUAAUGAAGCAUUUCAAAAUAACUUAUUACUGAAUAAGCAUUUAAGAUUGCACUCCGCAGAGAGACCGUACGUGUGUGGAGAAUGCAACAAGCGAUUUGCAACAAAAAGCAUUUUGUAUAAACAUAGAAGAACCCACACUGGAGUCAAACCAUUCAAAUGUAAAGAAUGUAACAAGCAAUUCAAAGGAAGAGAUGGUUUAAAGUACCACGAAAGAGUCCAUAGUGGCGUGAAACCAUACAAAUGUAAAGAAUGUAACAAGGAAUUCACAGGAAGAUAUGGUUUAAAGUACCACGAAAGAGUCCAUAGUGGCGUGAAACCGUACAGUUGUAAAGAAUGUAACAAGCAAUUCAAAGGAAGACAUAGUUUAAUAAACCACGAAAGAGUCCAUACUGGUAUGAAACCAUACAGUUGUAAAGAAUGUAACAAGCGAUUUACACAAAGGACUAAUUUAAAUGACCACGAAAGAAUCCAUAGUGGCGUGAAACCAUACAAAUGUAAAGAAUGUAACAAGCAAUUUACACAAAAAACUAAUUUAAAGAUCCACGAAAGAGUCCAUAGUGGCGUCAAACCAUACAAAUGUAAAGAAUGUAACAAGCAAUUCAAAGGAAGCAAUGGUUUAAAGUACCACGAAAGAGUCCAUAGUGGCGUGAAACCAUAUAAAUGUAAAGAAUGUAAUAAGCAAUUUACACAAAAAACUCAUUUAACGAUCCACGAAAGACGCCAUAGUGGCGUGAAACCAUACAAAUGUAAAGAAUGCAACAAGCAAUUUACACAAAAAACUUAUUUAAAGAUCCACGAAAGAGUCCAUAGUGGCGUGAAACCAUACAAAUGUAAAGAAUGUAGCAAAGAAUUCAAACAAAAUUAUUCUUUAGUUAUCCAUGAAAGAAUCCAUAGUGGAAUGAAACCAUACAAAUGUAAAGACUGUAACAAAGAAUUCAGAACAAAACAUUCAUUAGUUAUCCAUGAAAGAGUCCAUAGUGGCGUGAAGCCAUACAAAUGUAAAGAAUGUAACAAAGAAUUCGCACAAAAAAAUCAUUUAGUUGCCCAUGAAAGAAACCAUAGUGGAAUGAAACCAUACAGUUGUAAACAAUGUGACAAGGAAUUCACACUAAAACAUCAUUUAGUUGUCCAUGAAAGAAUCCAUAGUGAUGUGAAACCAUACAAAUGUAAAGAAUGUGACAAGCAAUUUACAAGAAAAUAUCGUUUAGAGAUCCACAAAAGAGUCCAUAGAGACGUGAAACCAUACAAAUGUAAUGAACGUAACCAGCAAUUAAGUCAAGAAGAUAGUUUAGAGACACAUAAAACGAGUCACAUCGGAGAGAAGCCGUAUAGAUGUGAAGAAUGUAACAACCACUUUACAUUAAAAUCUGAAUUAGAGAGACAUAAAAAAAUACACACCGAUGAACAAUCAUACGAAUGCGAAAUAUGUGAAACACUUUUUUUCGAUGAAACAAGUUUAAUGAAACAUAUUGAAACACAUAUAUCCAAGAUACCAUAACUUUGUUGUUUUGUAAAAUGGUUCAUAAUAGCUCAUAGUGUUUUAUUCGGGUUCAGUCAAUAGAAUUUCACUCUACUGCUAUUCACGUCACCAUAUUACUGGGUACAUUCUCACAGACAAAAUAUCGUAUAGUCGACCGAGAUAAACUAUGCUAACGUCUAUCUUUCAAUUGCACAUGUGAAUACAGAUGGCAAGUUACGGAAAGUUUCCAAAAAGUUCGAAAAGUUCUCGCAAAUUUCACAGGAAACAAAAAAUGUUACAUUUGUUCUUUGAAAUACAAUUUUAAUUGAAGUGUUGUCAUCAAAUGGAGCAUUCCAUGAAAUUGUCUACCGUUGUCCCGUACAAACGCGAAGUUUCUGAAGAUAUAAAGGUAUAAGAGUUUCCUUUUCUAUGACAAAUGGUCAAAAAUAUGCACAGAAAAAUAAUCGCCUGCUUUAAAUGCCGAGAAAAAAGUCGCAACACAGGAAAUAAAAUGCGUUUGUACGGGACAGCCCGUGGAAUGCUCCAAAUACAGAAAGGACACUUCCUACAAAUCCGAAGUUUGACAGCGAUUCAAGGACGAAUCAUGCUAUCCCUUUCUAAUGUAUGGCACUAUCCAUUUCGGCUAUUAGGGUUAUCCAAUUUCAAGUAAUUAUGUUAUCUGUGGUUGUACACGCAAGGGAACG